AUGACGACCUCGGCUCUGCGGCGGCAGGUGAAAAACAUUGUGCACAAUUACUCUGAGGCAGAGAUCAAGGUCAGGGAGGCGACCUCAAAUGACCCGUGGGGUCCCUCCAGUUCGCUGAUGUCAGAGAUCGCCGACCUGACCUUCAGCGUGGUGGCCUUCAGCGAGGUCAUGGCCAUGGUGUGGAAACGCCUCAACGAUCACGGCAAAAACUGGAGGCAUGUGUACAAGGCCUUGACUCUGUUGGAUUACUUGGCUAAGACAGGCUCAGAGCGUGUGGCCCAGCAGUGCCGAGAGAACGCCUUCACCAUCCAGACGCUCAGAGACUUCCAGUACGUGGACCGAGACGGGCGGGACCAGGGCGUGAACGUGAGGGAGAAGGCCAAGCAGCUGGUGGCCCUGCUGAGGGACGAGGAGAGGCUCAGACAGGAGAGGGCGCAGGCCCUCAAAACCAAAGAGCGGAUGGCGGGAGGGGGAGGGGGAGGGGGCGGGGCCGGGGGAAUGGGGGCGUUGCCCCCGGCGUUUCCCGGGCGACGCACAAGCCAGCCCAGCAUGGCGGCUCUGUACGGAGAAGAGUUCAGUCGCUCCCGGGGGUCACCUUCCUCCUUCAACUCGUCCUCCUCCUCACCGCGGGCCUCUGACCUGGAGCAGGCUCGACCUCAGACCAGUGGAGAAGAGGAGCUGCAACUACAGCUGGCUCUCGCCAUGAGCCGAGAGGAGCAGCGCAGUCGCCAAGGAGAUGAGACGCAGCUGCAGAAAGCCUUGGAAGAGAGCAAGAGAGAGAGUGAAUCAGGGACUGGAGAGUCAGCUAUGAUGGACCUGGUGGAUAUUUUUGGACCUUCAUCAGACACACACCCAAAUGACGACCCCUGGGAUGCCCAGCCCACCUGCCCUGUGAACUCUGACCCCUGGGAAUCUGUGGCUGUGGUAAAUUCCUGUACACCAGUGGUUGGAAGCCCUUGGAUGGCCCGCCCUACCUCCAGUAGCCCCUCACAGCCCUGGGGCUCAAACCAAUCACCGCCAGACCCCUGGGAAGAACCACCCACUAACCCCAGUCCUAACCCUGUCAAUGAUGCUUGGAGUCCAGCUCAUCCAGGGCCACCCGGGAAUGAUCCAUUCAGUGUGCGAGAGGAGGGGCCAAAGGUGGUAGGGGAGGGGCCUAACCAUGUCUUCAGCCCUCGCUCGGAGAGUCCAGCAGAUGUUGACCCAUUCGGGGAACUGGCAGUGGGAGGUCAGGUGAAUGGGCGCAGUGGGGGAAGUCCAGAGACCUUUGACCUCUCUCGUCUGGCUCCUCCACUGGACACGUCUGCCUCCAGAAAGUGCCGGACUCCUGAGGCUUUCCUGGGGCCCACUGCUGCUUCACUCGUCAACCUGGAUACACUCAUCCCUACCAACCCCCCCGCAAAGAGCAAGAACCCCUUCCUCUCAGGUCUGAGUGUUCCCUCUCCCACUAACCCGUUCCACUGCGAGCAGCCUCGUCUGACUCUGAACCAGAUGCGGCCGAGCUCCACGUCGCCGUUGCCGGCCCACGGCCUGUCUGGCGCCCUGCCGUACAGCGCCUCUCUGCCCCUCCCUUUACAGCAGCAGCCGCCGCCCUGUUCCAUCCCCUCCUCUUACACACAGCCCCACCAGGGGCUCCUGGACCUGCCCAGCAACCUGCCCCAGCCGCUUCUGCCCCUCUCCCCGGCCCCCCGGAACCGCUUCGCACCUCAGAUCGACCACCACAGUCACAACCCCUUCCUGUGA